AUGCAGAAUGCAAGUGCAUCUAAUACAACAGCUGACAAUCUUGCUGUUCUUAUUGAUAUGGGUUUUUCAGAACAACAAUCGAGAGAAGCAUUACAACGAGUUGAAAAUUUAGAAGAUGCUAUUGCAUUUUUACUUAAUGAUCAACUUCAACCAUCACCACCAUCAUCACCUGGUGUUUCACAAGCUGAUACAAGUGAUGAUGAAGCAUCUUACGCUGCUAAUCCACGCUGCAUGCAAUUUAUAAUAAAUACAGGUCAUCCACAUUUAUCAUUUUCAGCUUGUUUAUUAAAUAUAGCUCAAGCAUCAUUUGACCUUUAUGAUCAAAUUAUAUCACAUCGUUCACAAUUAUUAUCAUUUAAAACUUGGCAUCAUCAUGGUGAACUUAAACAAUUAUUUGAAUGUAAUAAUGGAAAUCAAUUAAGAGAAUUAAAUCAACAAUUUGAAAUCGCAUUAAAAGAAAAUCAAAUAUGUACAGCAUUGAUUAAUGAUUCAAAAUAUCAUGAACCAGUUUGUUUAGCUGUAUUUGGUAUUGCAUCAUAUCUUGAACAGUAUACAUCUCAAUUAAAACGUUUAAAUAUAUGUCCAACAAAAUUUUUUAUUAACGAUGAUGAUGAUGAUGAUGAAAAUAUAAAUAAGGAUGGAAAUAAUAGCGAAACAACAAAAAAACAGUAA